AUGGCAACGUCUUUAAGUCACUCCGAUCCAGGGAGGCUUGCUAACAGCCAAACCAAAGAGACCUGCGAGACGGAACCAUCAGAAACCGGACACCUGUCACAUCUAUCAGCUCAGGAAAACGUCCCAGGGGCCCGUUUUGAUCCACCUCUUGAAGUGGUUCCUACCAGGAACCCAAUCACAUACAACAAUAAGGCAACUGACCAAGUCCAUCCUGACCUUGCCAGCUUGUUGGUGAAAAACAAGACUCUUUUAGCGGAGCUGAGAAAUCUUCAAAGCAAGCUUCUCAUCAAAGAAACUUCAUUGCAAGAAGUAAAGACGGAGUUAGAGAGUUACAAAGAGAGUAACGCGGGCGGGCGGAGGUGCAGGUGUGGGGUGCUACAGAUAAUGUCCCUGAGAGAUGACAUCAGGAACCUGCAGGACCUUAUCGCUUCUCUAAUGAAAAUUAAGAUUUUGAAAAACACAAAUUCUCAGAAUCUUGGGAGAGGCAACUGGGACCUAACUGAGCGAGUUAUAGACCUAGAAAACCGCCUAAGAGAACAUCUGGUGGACAGAGAGAAGGCGGGGCGGCAUGCAGAGCUGGAGAAAAGGUGGCCCUGCUCCAGCAGAUUCUCUUCCUGUAUGCAUCCGAAAGGACCAGAAGAUUCCUUGGAUAUUUUCCCUGUGAAGGACAAUGGAGAAGCCUCUGACUUUGAGAGAUACAUUGUUUACUCUGAAGGACCAUCUGAUGGGCAAAACAUUGUGGGUAAAUAUCAACAAGAUUUGCUCCAUAAAGAAAAAUUAGCCGCUGAGUUCGACAGACCUCCAUACUCCUGCAGCUGGGAAGCCACACCCAAGCAUGCCCAUCACCAGGAUUUCCUUGGCCAGUUGGCUACUCUACUGAGUGACAGCAUUGGCCCCAUACUAGCCACAGAGGAAGCGGUGAAAGAGAGGAUCCAGGAAAUGAGUGCCAAUGAGCAGCUGUGGAAAUCUAAAACUGAAGCCCUGCAGCAGGAAACUCAGAUGCUCACUGAGAGAUUGGAGCAGCUGUACCACCUUUAUGAAGAAGCUGCUGCGAGGUUGCCCCAAACUGAAGGAAGUUACACUGGACAGAAAAGACCCCUGCAACACCUGGAAGGACAGGCUGCUGUCAACUACUCCCUGAGGAGUUUCGACACGGGCAGGAAGAAGGAAAACUCUAGGACUCGGACUGCCCAGACAGAUAAACACAGGAAGUUCAAACAGUUGGAAAUGUUAUUGGAUAUCGAGCAGAACUCGAAGAUGGCUGCAGCCCCAAGAAUGGAGGAGAAAAUUCAGAGACUCCAGAAGCAGCUUAGCGAUUUGAAACUGUCAAAUAAAAACAUGAAAACUCAACUGACAAGGAUAAAUGUCCUUAAAAGGAUUCAGGAUCAAUGCCAAGCACCCAUCCGAUGGCUAAGAACCAUCUCUAACUCCAGUUCCAGGGGAUCCAACCUGACCAUCUUCUCACCUCUCAGGCACUGCAUGCACAUGUUGAAAGCAGUGAAAGAGAAGACGGCAGCCAAAACAGACAACCUGAAAACCGCAUCAGACUCGGCAGCGCAGGCAGUGAGAGCGGAGAAGGAGAAGGUCUGCCAGGUGCCAGCCCCAGGCCCUCCUGAGCCCUCCACCACCACCAGGAUCGCACUGAAGGGCGUCUCAGGACGAGAGCAAGAGCUUGCUGACUUUCGAGAAACCAUUAUGAAGAUGUUGGGAUUGAACAUGAAAACAGCAGACAAGGAGGCCAUUAAUCAGCUGAAGCUUGUGAUCCAAGUUUAUGAAAUCUCCAACAGGGUAAAGGCAGCUUCUCACUGUGAGACCAGACAGGACAAGUGA